AAGUUUUCUCGUUGCUGCCACUGCAGCCGGGUGCCUAGAGUAAGUAUGUACUAGAAACAGGUUUUGUGGAGUUUGGCUUAAACCUUUCCUUCGUCACUCAGUGUAUUUGCGCUCGAACACAACAUGAGAACUACCAACGAGCCGCGCAUAUCCUUCACAUUGGGAGGAGGCACGUCGGAGGAGCAUGGAAACAGUCGGAGCUCACGCUACCGCGCCGAGGACGACGGACCGAUUUGGAAGGCUGCCCCACCACAAGAUGUCGAUGACAGCUGCACGAUUCAGGGCGGCUUUCUCCAGCAUCGGACAGAAGACAAGAGACCAGACGGAGACACCAGAAUCCAGGCGCCGGUUGUUCUCCCGCUGAUAUUGGGUCAGUCGGACGAUCGUGCUUCCGAUCCGGGGGACGGAGGAGCACAGGACUUCGAAAACUGCGAACGCUUACAGAACAUCGCCACAAUGCUCAGCCAAGCCGUGCCCGCCGUACAGAAAUCCAUCCGGCAUUCAAGUAUAAAGAAUAGUUGCUUACUUCUAGAAAAUACUUUGUUUGCGGUAUGUCAUGGGAAAAAAGUCGCACCCGUUUCUGCAGCCAAAGAAUCCUACAAUCACUCGCAUUCGUCCAGGGUCCCGCGAGCAUCGGUUAGAGGAGGAGAACGCGCGUUUACGCACGGCACUAGACGAAGCGAAGGCGGAAGCCCUACAACUUCAGCGAAUCUUGGAACAGGAGCGGACGAAGCACCGAAACGACCUGAAAGAAAUGGAAUCGAUGUACUCAGUACUGCUGGACCAGCACGAGCGGGUAAGAUUUUCGUUGCUCCUUGUCGAUAGUUAAGUUGUUCAGUGCAUUUGGAUUUCGUUUUCUUUCUGCUUGCAUUUGCAUAUCAGACAUAAAACGAUGGUUUUACAUCAUUCUCGCUACAGACCGUCGAUAAGCUGCAGCAAACGCAGCAGUUUACAGCGGCUCCUUCACCAGGAAUUGUCGUUGAUACCGCCUCUGCGAAGGGGGGUACGCACAGUAAUCACAGCGGGUCGACCAGCCCGCAGCCACAGGAGGAGCCAUAGGAGACAAGAUCUUUUUCCAAGUCCUCGCUACCAGCUUGAGGGCGGUGAUUGACUGGAUGGCAAGUCCGGUUAGUUAGGAAGCCAAUACUAGUUUUUGAUCAUCAACUACACCCCCAUGACUCAACAAAGCUGCUGGAGGAAGAAUUCCAUAAUUUGUGAAAAUACUUGUUGGUUGACAAUUAUCUGCACUUCCACUAGCUGAAAUUUUCCCUACUAUCAGCUUGCAACUACGCCUACGAAAUAAUGACCCAUAAAUCUGAAUGAAACAACUCGUUGUCACACCUAUUUCUGCCUUGCAUAAUCCUUUUCAUCUGCCCUUCUUGGCGCUGCGUGCAGGUGCAAAAGUCCAUGUAAAAGCGUAUCCGCGGGAGCGGUACCCCAUUCAGUUGGUUUACUUGUACACUCGCUGCAAUCUUCUCUAUGUCGUAUUCCGCACACAUUUUCAUUCGCUUCAAUGUACCCCGCGGACGUGGUUGAGACCAAGGGAAAUUCAUUGUCAAACAUGACAAAGAAACACAAAACAGCAGCCGCUGCCUAUCACCAUACGUAAUCUUGCACGUAUCAGGGUUCUCAUCCCUGUCCUCCUCCUCUGUGCCUCCUCCUCCGUGACGCGAUACCUAAAACGCUGCAU